AUGACUGUGCUCAGCUGUCUGCCCUGGAGGACCUUCACUCAGCCUGUCAACAUCUGUCACAACCGAGCACGUCUUCCCCGCCGCGGCUCUACGACGUUUCUGAAGUGCGUUCAAACUUUUACAUCAGCGGCCCUCCAGGGGACGAGUGUUACUGGAACUCUGCCUCCCUCUCACCAUCCAUCACCAUCAGGAAAAAGGUGCCAUCUGAUUGCUCGCCCUGCCACCCUCCUCCUCCUCCUCCUUUCAUUAAACCAUGGCACUGGUCCAGACACUAAUGAGUAUCGGCUCUUGUCGUUUUUCUGCAGAUGUGGCGUCUUUUCCUCCCUCAGUUGUCAUAAAGCGGUGCCGGUUAACAGCGGCGGCACAACUCUUCAAAAUGUCAGAGAGGAGACAAACGGCGAGGGAGCCUGUGGUCAGCAGUUUGGAGGGGGAGGAGAGGGGAGGGGGAGCGGCGGUGGUGGAUGUUGUAGUAAUUUAAGGUCCCGGUGAGGAAAUGCAGGUCCUCUCCAAACAUGUUGGACGUGCCUCUGUUAAUGAGCACUUUAAGUACCCUGCCAGUCCUCUUUAAACAUCCCCAUCGUGAUGCAAAGCGGGUAAAAGAGGCGCCUUUUAAAGGCAGCAUAUGGCUGCUGAGGAUCCUCACUGAUGUAUUAUCACGGGAGUCUUUCCCUCCUCGUCUCUGCUGCAGAGGACGGCCUCUGAAACUCAGCCAGAUGUCCGUGUCUUCACAGAUACAAGCCCUCCAUCCUGAUGUCUGCUGCUUUAUUGGCAGCAGCAGCGGCGGCGGCGGCGGCGGUGGCGGCGUGCAGUCGGUCCUGAAUGUUAAACCUGCUCUGACACAGCGACAGUAA